UUGCGUUUUGAACGUGGCGGCGCGCCACCGAGAAGCAGAAGUUUUCGACUCGUUAGCUCGCUUGCCUAGCAACGUGCGCGUGGGACAUUGAAGGCGCGUGGGGCAAAGCGACAAGUCAUGUUUACGCGCAGUCACUGAAUGGCGUUCGACGUCUCGACCUGCAACUUAAGAGGCCUGUUCAGCAUUGGCGAGGACUUCGAUGAUGAGGACCUGCUCGGGACAGACUGGGCUGCCGGCUCAUCGUCUGGACCUGCUGCCGUGUCGUCCUGCUCGCUGCGGGCUUCCUCUGUCUCUCUCGGAGGGCCGGAGACAAACUGCCUUCAGCCCGCUGGAGGGAGAUCUGCAGCCCGGUGUGACGGCGCCGCAUCAAAGAGCGUGAGCACGCACACCGCUGCUGGACAGACUGCUCUGGGUCAGGGUUUGAGACGGCCCUCCUCCUCGUCCUCUGCGCAGCCUCUUCCUCCCGCACCGGAUGCCUCUCGGCCUAAUUUGGCUUCGCAACAGAGUCCCGCUGUCGCGGAGGGAGAGCCGAAGCGGCCCUGUGCGCCUCAGGACGAUUUUGAUGAUUGGGAUGUUGACCUCGCGGACCUGGACGAGUGCGACCGCCAGAUGGGACUGCCUCCUGCUCCAGUCCCGCCUGCGUCUUCAUCCAAAACGCUGCGUCCUCCAACCUGUGGGGGGGUUCAGACACACCCUGAUCGGCCCCUGAGAGACUUCGGCACCGCGCGCCAGGCUUCUGGCUCAUUCGGUCAUAACCUGCCUUCUCGGGCCUCCUCCACUCCUCUCUUACGAUCCCCAAAUCCACGCCCUGCUUACCUGUCAGCCCCUCCACAGAGUCCCGGUGUGUUCCCAGGCCUUAGUGCAUCUUCUCCUGGUCCCAGCCCCAUUUCCAAGACAAUAGCCAGGCCCCAGAGGCCGUGGGCCACUCCAGGACCCUCCCCUCGGGGCCACGUCCUCUUUGAGACCGUCUCCCCGGCGCCCUCUUCCUCCCCGUCGCUGAGCCCUCAUCCCCGUCACACACCGGUCUUCACCAACCGCCUGGUCCAGUUGGUGUCAGCCUCCAAUAAGCUCCCUAACAACAAGAGGCCUCGGUCUGAGCCUCAUCGGACGAGGACGAGGCGCUUCCCCGGCCCCGCUGGAUUCCUGCCUCAGCAGCCGCAGGGUCAGAACCUGGACGACAUCGUGGUCUCUGUCCCUCAGACUCCUGCUCACGGUGUUGUGGCCCGGUCGCCCAGCCAGGACUCCAGCUCACAGACGGACGAAGACGAGUUCGGCGGCGGCGGCUGGGCAGCGAUGAAGGCCGAGAUGGGAUUGGAUGAGAGGAACCCCUCAUGCUUCCUGCACUCUUACAGUGUUGUCAUGGUGCUCCGCAAGGCUGCACUGAAACAGCUGGCGAAAAACAAAGUGCCCAACAUGGCCGUGCUCCUGAAGAGCAUCAUCCACACGCACGCCGAUGCCAAGGCUGUGUUCAAAGACCCGACGGGGGAGAUUCAGGGGACCGUGCAUCGGCGUCUCCUGGAGGACCGAGCGGAGGAGCUGAAGGUCGGCUCUGUGCUCCUGCUCAAACAAGUGGGCGUGUUUUCCCCCUCCCAUCGUAACCAUUACCUGAACGUGACACCCAACAACCUGCUGAGGAUCUACGCCCCCGAUGGAGUCGGUCUGUCCUCCACUCGGCUGCCCCCGCUCGUCCUGGAGCCGAUGUCCCAAGCGGGUUCCCCCCCCGCCGUCCUCCAGGGGACCGUGUCUCGCAUGCAGCUGGUGUUUGACGAGGAGGAUGACGAGGGACAAGAGGGAGGCGAACACCCGAAAGCCCCAAGAGACACUCGGGCCGGCUCCAGCAGAGGCCCCCAACAGCAUGCUGGGAGCCCAGCACCACUGGACGCGGGCUGGGAUGCAGAUGAUGACCUGGAUGAACUGCUGGGAGAGCUACCUGAGGAAUCCUACAGCCUUUGAAUGUUACAUCGGCAAACCCUCCGUGGCGACUGGGCUUUCGUUCACAGCCGAGACCGCAGCGAAGACGUUCUCCUUUUCUUUCUUUUUUUUGUUCCCCUGGCGUCACCUCUUUGAAUAUCCCAGUCGUCGGACCACUGAAGAGCCCGUGAAGACGUAUCCGGUUCAUAAACGCCACAGAGAGUCGUCUCCAGUUAAUUUGCCAUUUCUGCGCAUCGCCGCUGAUUGAUGCCCACUCUCGGAAGUCAACGCAUGCUCAUUGAUUCAUUACAAAAGCGUUGGGAAAAAAAAAACCCAGCUCUGUUUUGAUUUCACCUUCACAAAGAAUAUAAUUAGUCUGCGUGUUGGGGAUGCAGCCCCCCCAACCCCCCUACUUUACUUUCGUCGUUAUCCGCUGGUGCACUUUUACUUCGGCAACCUUGAAACGAACAAUUAAUCUACACUGCAUUGAUUUGCUAAUCAUGCAAAAAUAAAAAAGCGAGGUGAGGCUCUUUUA